AUGGCGACCGACGGGCAAAAGCAUAGUGGGCUAGUCCCCAUUGCCCCGGCACCGAGCACCCGUGGAGGACUUCAUAGAAGCGGCAGUGGCGGCCUAUCUCAGUCUGCCAUGUCAUACAGUUGCCAGACCUGGGCCAAGCGGAAUGCUGAAUGUGACAAAUUGGCCCCGAUUUGUUCUCGAUGCCGCAAGGGUGGCUACCAGUGCACCUACCAAGUACCUCAGCCACGGACUCGAAUAAGAAAAUUUGAGCGACGAGAUCAAAAUGGGCUGCUGAACGCUGAGAUAUCAACCGUCGAAGAGACGCACCUCGGGAUUCGGCAUCGGGUAUCAGGCCUGGAGCGCCAAAAACCGUACAAUGUUGGAGAGCAUGAGAUUCAACACAUGUCUGAUGAUGAGGAUGAGGAUGACAUAGCCUUUGGCGAUAUCCGUAUCGCUGGACGUGUCACACCAGAUCCGUUGACGGGCGUGUUCAUAGGCUUGCCACAAAGCCUUCUUCGGUAUCAUCUGAGCCAUAGAGAUGCCAUGUUUCUAUGGAAUACGCAUAUUGAAAACGUGGAGCCUCUCUGCAAAGUUGUACAUAUUCCAUCAACCGGCAAAAUGAUUGACUUAGUUUCGCAACGUCCUGGAAUGUCAUCGAAACCUAAUGAUUGUGUGUUGUCGGCAAUAUACAACGCCGCGGUCUUUUGA